AUGUGGAGAACGGGACUGCUAUACCUCGACCGAGGCGACAGCGCCAUCAUUUCUGCACUCAGAGAUGCGGGGUACAACACCCAACAGGCCCCAGGCUCUCCCACGAGGCGAUUCUCCACGGCCUCGAGCGACACCGAGAUUGUUUGGGAACGACGAGUCAAGCCAGAUGUCGCCAGCCCGCCAGGCAUUCAGCAUUGGGUGGUGCCUUCAUCAGACGGCAACAGCCUCAAGUUCAGCCGCCCGCGCCCAAAGCCCGAGGAUCCCUUGGAUCACCUCUCCCCGUCCUCGGACAGCACCUUGUUUGAAGAACCUCCAUCCUACUCGCUAGACCAGAUCAAAGAAGACGAGUCCUCGGACGACUACUUCCAUUCCCCCGGCCUAGAGAAAUCACCCUCAUUUAAAGGAGACCGCGAAGAUUCCAUUCUACCCCAAACCCGUCGCAUCCGCCAUCAACGCACGCCUUCCUCCCUUCCACCAUCACCCUCCAUUGCCUCGACCCUCAGCGGCGCACAGAGACUAUCGAGAAUACUCCCCUCACGCGCAAAGACCAAUGACGGACUCCUCCAGCUGCAAGCCGACCCAACCAAGACGCCUCAGCGCCCCUCGACCGGCCACCAGCGCAGGAUCUCGCUAGGACUGCCCAUCAAGUCUGCCUUGAACGCACUCGAUGAGCCCAAACAACUCAGCCCGCCACCCCAAUACGUCCCGCCAUCCCGUCCCACAACCUCCUCAUCUGGCAAGACCACCGCUGCCCUGAUACAACAAGAGCGCGAGUUGGAGUACAAGCACCGUCACACGUUCAUCGGAACAGCAUCGCUCGACGAUUUCCUCGAAGUCCUGGAUGUCACCCCAGCCCACACCACCACAAAGGCAGCCGUCGUGAGGGCCUUUCUUCUCCUGGCAUCCAGCGAGCGUCUGCUGGCCAGACAAGCAUCAAUGGAGCCUAGUGGCUGGGGAUUGGUCGCCCGCACCACAUCGGACACGGUCAAUGUCGACUAUGUCGAGCAAGCCCAUGCCAAGCUCGGUUCCAUCGUACUGAGACAAUUCUUAGAUCUGAUCCCUUUCAACGAGGACGAAGAGGCCUCGGCCAUCAGCGUCAUGGAGGCCUUUUCCGCCGCGAGCCAUCUGGACACCAAGGCCAGCACUGGCAAUGGGAGUAAGGCCAAAGCUUUUCGAAGCUGGCUCGUCAGGCAGGCGCAGCAGUAA